ACUAUACGUGAUAUAAUGUACCACUUCAUUGCACCUGAUGAAGUCAGCAUAGACUGCAUGGCGAAAGAUUGUGUAAUAAAUAAACGAGUAUUUUUCAACCCACGUGUUCUCUCAAAGAUGACACCGCCGCUGUUAAAGCAAAGCUUGAAUGUUGUGAAUAAGAUCGAGGCUAUUUAUACUGGUGGUAAGGUACAGAUCUCUAAUGAUAAUGAGUAUAUCUUCUGUACAUGUGGUGAUGCUGUUAACAUAUUACAAGCCAAGUCUGGGAAUGUUUUACAUUGCCUGAGACAGGAUGAUGAUGAGGUAACAUGUUUCAGUCUCAGUCCAGAUGAUCAGAUCCUUGUCAUAGCCUACAGAAGUCUUCUGAUCCGUCAGUGGAAUUGGAAAGAGGAGAAAUGUGUCCGGACCUGGAAGGCAAUCCACAUUGCUCCUAUUAUUAGCAUGGCCUUUGAUGUAACCUCUACAUUAUUAGCCACAGGUAGUGGUGACCAGACCAUCAAAAUAUGGGAUGUUAUACAACAAUAUUGUACACAUAACUUAAAAGGUAGCCAUUCUGUGGUAAGUUACCUCAAAUUCCAUCCGAAUGCAGAGAAGUUGAUGCUGUUUUCUUGUUCAGGCUCAUUCAUCUAUGUUUGGGAUCUUCAAGGAAGCAAGGUGGUUGAGAGUGCUUUUUGGAUUCCUGAUGAUUAUCCAAGGAGACUUGGAUUUUCCUGCAAUAAUCCAGUUGUCAUGAUUGGUGGAUCUGAGGGAUAUCUUCGAGGUAUUGAUUCGGUCAGUGGGCAGGUGGUUUAUCAGCAGACAACUGUUGCUACAACUAUGCCUACAAGGGAAGAGAAUGAGGAGGUAAAAGGUGUAAUCACACAUGCGCAGGUGUGUUGGAAACUGGGACAGAUUUUAGUAGUGACCUAUGAUCAUCACAUUCUGUUCUAUGAUGUAGAUGGUGGUGGUUUACAUAAGCAGUUUGUUGGCUUCAAUGAUGAAGUUCUAGAUGUAAGUUUUGCUGGUUCUAAUGAUUCUCACCUUGCUGUAGCAACUAACAGUGAAUAUGUCAAAAUUUAUGACCUUUCAACUCAGGACUGCCAGAUCCUGUCAGGCCAUACAGACAUUGUGUUAGUUGUUGAGGUGUUCAAUGACAAGCAAAUGCUAGCAAGCAGCUCAAAGGAUAAUACGAUUCGGCUUUGGAAGAUGAAUGCAAACAGUAAGUUUGAGUGUAUAGGCAUUGCAGUUGGACACACCCACUCUGUAGGAGCCAUAGCAACAUCACAGUUGUCUGCCAGAUUUUUGGUAUCCGGUAGUGAGGACUGUACCCUGAAAGUUUGGAAUAUUCCAGAAGAUCUGGAAGCGUGUGAUCCACCACAGCACCUGUCGGUUCGCUUCACUAACAGAGCUCAUGAAAAGGACAUCAACAGUGUGGCUGUAGCACCAAAUGACAAGCUCCUGGUUACUGGUUCCCUUGACAAGACUGCCAAACUCUGGCAUCUGGAGAACCAAACAUUCCUUGGCACUUUCCGUGGACACAAGAGAAGUAUCUGGUGUGUUCAGUUCUCACCAGCAGAUCAGGUGGUCGCCACAAGCUCAGCAGAUGGCACAAUCAAGAUUUGGUCGAUAUCUGAUUUUAGUUGUGUAAAGACUUUUGAAGGUCAUGACACAUCAGUAUUAAGAGUAACGUUUUUGACACGAGGAAUGCAGUUGUUGUCGAGUGGUUCAGACGGUUUACUGAAAAUCUGGUCAAUCAAGGACAGUGAGUGCCAGAAGACAUUUGAUGAACACACCGACAAGCUCUGGGCUCUUGCUGUCAGUUCAACAGAAGACAUCAUUGUAACUGGUGGGGCUGACUCAACCAUAGUGUUAUGGAAGGAUGUGACAGAUAAAGAAUGGGAGGAAAGCCAGUCAAAAGAAGAGGAACAAAUUGUCAAACUGCAAAAACUAUCAAACCUAAUCCAGGGCAAAAACUUCAAGAAAGCUAUUGGACUAGCUCUGACAUUGGAGCAACCCUACAGACUACUUAACAUAUUUAAAGGAUUGAUGGAUGAAACAAGUGGUAAAUCAUCUCUUGAGGAUGUCAUUGGAAAACUCAGACUUGAUCAAAUAGAUGUAUUGCUGAAGUUUUGUGUUCAGUGGAACACCAACUCAAAACACUGUCACGUCGCCCAAGCUGUUGUGAACACCGUGUUGAAUCGAUUUUCACAUGAGCAACUUUUAGAAUGUUCCAACAUCACUGAGAGUAUAGAAGGCCUGUUGCCAUACACACAGAGACAUUUUGCAAGAAUGAAUCGUUUGAUGGAGCAAGCAAUGUUUGUUGAAUACACGUGGCAUAGACUACGUGUGGUGACAGCGCCCUCUAUACAAAAUACUGAUGCAAGAUUAGAUGCAAAUGCAACAGAGGAAUCAUAUUACAUCGAUGCAGGACAAUUUUCCACAAAAAGAGCAAUAAACGUUGCAUCGACGUCCACAAACGUACAAGAACACAUAGAAAUAUCAGCUACAAUCACUUGUGAAGAAGAUGAAAGCGGAACAACAACAUAACAGAGAAAAAUUAAAGAAAGGAUCGGCCGAAAAAAGGAAAAAAUCUGUUAAUAAAUGAUUUCAUAAUAUUGUAAUGCAAAUUUAUAAUGUUAGUAUAUUAGUCUUGUACUGUAUUAAAUUACCAUAUUACUAUACUUUGGCACAAGUUAACUUUUACGGUUAUUUAACUCUGGAAUCCUGACCAGAAUUGUCUUGAACUUUAUGGCCUAAUUACGGUAUAUUAAAACUGCAAAGGAAGGUGUCCAAAGUUCCUUCAAAUGUGCAAGACAAUCUAGCCAAGCACAUAGAUCAUGUAGGUUUUUUUUUUCACUUUACCUACAGUUGUGUUAUAGUUUACUGCCACUGUACCAUACUUUGAAAUGUCAAUAAAGUAUUUUACAAUGUA